AUGGGCAAGGCCUUCUACAAGGGCGGCUUCGAGCCAAAGAUGAACAAGCGCGAGGCCACACUUAUCCUGUCUCUCAACGAGCGCAGCGUGACCAAGGAUAAGAUCCGCAAGGCCCACCGGACGUUGAUGCUUCUCAACCACCCCGAUCGCGGUGGAAGCCCAUACCUUGCGACGAAAGUCAACGAGGCCAAGGAGUUUCUCGAGAAGAACGGUUGA